GAUUCAAAUUUAGGGCCCCUUCUUUGAUUUGUUCACACAUUCCCUUAUUGUGCGCCGAUUGCUCGUCGAUUCACGCCGAUCAGGGCUAUGACAGAUCCCGAUCAUACUCUUAAUCUUACUCCGGCCAAGAGAGUCGAAUGUGAGGAGCCACCCAUACCCCAGAGAUUGCAGCAAUCACCUUCAAAGGAGUCGGAGUCGGAUUAUGAUUGGGAUAGCGAUCCGGCUCCGCCUUAUGAUCCGGAUUGGGAUGGACCUCUUGAUACCCAAGUUAUACAAGGAGAAGAAAUAGAUGAAGAUCUUACGCCGCUGCCGGAUGAUGUUAGAAAUAGCGAAGAUUACAACAAAUAUUUACAACUCAUAACCGACACUGAAGGCUAUGAUUGUGGCUCCUUCGAUUUCUCUCCUUUUGACCUCAAGAUCAUUCAAGCACCUCAGCAGCUUAUAGAUACAAGAGGUGUUCAUGUGCAACCUUCCCUCCAAGACUACAACAAUCAACAUAAUAGGAAGCUGGUGUUUGAUAGAAUUGAGAAGAUGAACAUCCAGUUUGGAGCAUGCUGCUAUGAGAAGUAUUUUGUGACCUUCAAAGUUAAGGACAUGGAUGAUGGUGCUGCCCUCAAGACCUUCCAAUGCAGCUUCUUUAUGUUCAUUAAUGGCCCUAGUUUUGAACAAUUUCGUGAGAAACCAACCCAACCCUAACUUCUCGUCACUUUGUUGAUAUGGCAUAGCCAUUCUAGCUUGUGACAUAACCAUAUGCUAAUACGAGUAAUUGCUUAGA